AUGACCGAUCAGAUCACCUCUUUGCAAGAUCAGGUCAAUAGUUUGUUCACGAAUCUCAAUGAUCUUCGCACCCAAAGACCCGCAUUUGAGUCACCAUCAUUUGAUCCUCUUUCAAGGGAUGUCUCUCAGGUCUUUACUCCCAUGCCGCCAGGACUAGGAAAGCCCCGAGCCCGCCACCCUCGUUUUCACGGGCCAACAAGCUCGGCUUUUAACUUUGACGUUGCCAAAUCUAGUCUACAGAACAUGGGCAUUACACCCGCAGAAGAUGGAAUCACAGAUGACUUGACCACCGCACAUGUGACUCCGGCGGGAUCACCGCCUCCCAAUCUGGGCCAGCUUCUUCCUACCAUACAUCCGACGAAGGAUCCAAUAUGGACCAUUCGACGCGAAGAGGCAUUGCGUCUCUGUAAAGUCUAUGAGGAAGAAAUUGGGAUCAUGUAUCCUGUGGUGGAUAUAGCCAAGAUUACCAGCCAGGCUAAUCUGCUCUACACAUUCAUAGAGGCUGCUACCAGGACGGGUUUUGCACAACGGGGUUUUCCGGGCUCUGAUGGUCUUCAUGACGAAGCCUCAAUUAUCUUGAAAUUGAUUCUAGCCACCACGCUGGUCGUGGAAGGGGGCGGACAAAGUGACCUUGGACGGCGGCUUUACUUGAGUGUGAAGCCUUUUAUUGAAUCAAAAUUGUGGGAACCACAUAGCAUCAAAACUAUUCAACUCUUCGCUAUUGUGGCUACAUAUCAUUUCCAUACCGAUGACGAUGCUAUGGCCUAUCGAGUCAUCGGAUUGGCAGCUCGAAUGUGCCUAGAGAUGGGGCUGCACCGACGGGAUGCGUUGGUCAAAUCUUUUCCCAACGAAGAACACUGGGACAAGAUCACCCGACUAUUUUGGUCAGUCUACAGCUUGGACAGACGGUGGAGCUUGGGAACGGGAUUGCCUUUUGUCAUUCAAGAUGAGGACAUCGACCCCAAUUUGCCCGAGCCGAAGGAUGCAUCGCUUCCAUACCUACGCUGUAUGAUCCUGUACAACCGUAUCAGUUCGAAAAUAUGGUACUCGGGCCUUGGUUCCGAAGGUACAACCGACAUUCGACGCGAUGAAAUCGGCUAUCUCGAUUACCAAAUCCUGCAGUGGUACAAGCAAGUACCCGACGAACUAAAAUUCUAUCCCGUCGAGUCCCCCAAGAACGGUGAAACCGUUAGCAGAGGCAUGAGGCGCCUCCGAGUCCUGCUCUACCUUCGAAUGAACCAGCUCCGAAUCCUAAUUUACCGUCCAGUCUUGCAUUCAUCAUCUAGCAUUGCCGAGGACCGUGGCCACGCCCAGACUGUUGUCGACGUAGCCAAAGACACGGUCCGCGUUCUCACCCGACUCAACCAAAUGUCCGAUAUUUACCGCACCCAGCAAAUCACUUUCAACUACUUCCUUGUGGCUGCACUGGCUGUUUUGUUUCUGGCAGUCUCUCACGCCCCCGCAGAUUUCAAUCGCCAAGUCCGCGAUGAAUUCUACAUGGCUCUCGAUCUGAUCAACGGGUUCAGCACCAAGUCCUAUGUCUCCAAGCGCCUCUGGAAAACAAUCAAAGGUCUGCGAAAGAUCGGAGAAAGGCUCGGGGUUCUGGCCCGUCCUUUCGGCUCGGAUUCUGCCGAUCCGCAUUCCAGUGCUGCUGUCGCUAUGGCUGGCCUUGCAGGUCAUCCCAUUGAAGAUUUAUCUAUGUAUGGGCCUGUUAAUGGUGGAAAUGAGCUUGGAAAUAGUCCCCUUAAUGGACUGCAGAUGAGCCAUGAGUUGACCAACCUGUUUGAAGCUAUUGGUGCUUUUGGGAAUUUCAUGCCUGGAACGGGUGAUGGUAUGAGCGGGUUUGUUGGACCGGAUGGGGAUAUACAGAAUACCGGGGAGGGAUUGUCUGGAGUUUUGGAUGACGAAGGGGAAUUUGCAAGAGCCAUUAGGGAUUUAUUCUGA